CUGGCACCGCUCCUCUCUCCUCCCCACCUGUGCCAGACUGUGGGGUACCCUGAUUCACAACCUGGGAGUCAAGGUCAGAGUCCCAAUGAUUAAUGACCUUUUCCUCUUCGCGGGGCUCUGCCCCACCGGGGUGACCAGCCCCUGACCUGGCAGCCCGCAUUAAUAAUUUGGGGGUGAGUGAGGAUCCGGGUGGCCCCUGUGUGACAGCAGUAAGGGAUUCCCGGUUCGGGAAAGGAAAGGAAUGCGGGUGGGGUAGGAUUUCUUUCCUGAUAGGAUUGGUAGGGAAAGACCGCAGCCUGUGUGUCCUUCCUUUCGACCACGGUGUCUCUAUUGCUCCGUAAAUACAACGUCCCACUGCCGGGCGAGCGCUAUAAAGGCAGCGGACUGCGGUCCGCGGGGCAUUCCGGGCGGGGCGCGAGCAGAGCAGGUCAUGGCAGGGCCGGGCGGCAGAGCCGAGGCGCCGCAGCUCGCCGAGUACAGCUACAGCUACGUGGUGUCGCGGCCGGUCUACAGCGAGCUCGCCUUCCAGCAAAGGCACGAGCGGCGCCUGCAGGAGCGCAAGACGCUGCGGGAGAGCCUGAGCAAGGGCUGCAGUUGUUCAAGAAAGAGAGCCUUUGGCCUGCUGAAGAGUCUCAUGCCCGUCUUGGAAUGGCUCCCCAAAUACCGAGUCAAGGAGUGGCUGCUCAGUGACGUCAUUUCAGGAGUUAGUACUGGACUGGUGGGUACGCUGCAAGGGAUGGCGUAUGCUUUACUAGCUUCAGUUCCUGUUGGAUAUGGUCUCUACUCUGCUUUUUUCCCUAUCCUGACAUACUUUAUCUUUGGAACAUCAAGACAUAUCUCAGUUGGACCUUUUCCAGUGGUCAGUUUAAUGGUGGGAUCUGUUGUUCUGAGCAUGGCCCCCGACGAAAACUUUCUCGUACCAAGCAGUAACGGAACUGCAUUAAACGCUACCAUGGUAGACUCUGCCGCUAGAGAUUCAGCAAGAGUGUUGAUUGCGAGCACCCUUACUCUUUUGGUUGGAAUCAUACAGUUGAUAUUUGGAGGUUUGCAGAUUGGAUUCAUAGUGAGGUACUUGGCAGAUCCUUUGGUUGGUGGAUUCACAACAGCUGCUGCCUUCCAAGUGCUGGUUUCACAGCUAAAGAUUGUCCUCAACGUUUCAACCAAAAAUUAUAACGGGGUUCUCUCCAUUAUCUACACUUUGAUUGAGAUUUUUCAAAAUAUUGGUAAUACCAAUCUUGCUGAUUUCAUUGCUGGAUUACUCACCAUUGUCAUCUGCAUGGCAGUUAAAGAAUUAAAUGAUCGAUUUAAACACAAAAUCCCAAUCCCUAUUCCUAUAGAAGUGAUUGUGACAAUAAUUGCUACUGCCAUUUCAUAUGGAGCUGACUUGGAAAAAAAUUACAAUGCUGGCAUUGUUAAAUCCAUUCCAAGUGGGUUUUUGCCUCCUGUACUUCCACCCGUAAGCCUGUUUUCUGAGAUGCUGGCUGCAUCGUUUUCCAUUGCUGUGGUGGCUUAUGCUAUCGCAGUAUCAGUAGGAAAAGUAUACGCCACCAAGUACGAUUACGCCAUCGAUGGGAACCAGGAAUUCAUUGCCUUCGGGAUCAGCAACAUCUUCUCGGGAUUCUUCUCUUGCUUUGUGGCCACCACUGCCCUGUCCCGCACCGCUGUCCAGGAGAGCACAGGAGGAAAGACACAGGUUGCUGGCAUCAUCUCGGCUGGGAUUGUCAUGAUCGCCAUUGUGGCCCUGGGGAAGCUUCUGGAACCCUUGCAAAAGUCGGUCUUGGCAGCUGUUGUGAUUGCCAACCUGAAAGGGAUGUUUAUGCAGGUGCGUGAUGUUCCUCGGCUGUGGAGGCAGAAUAAGAUCGAUGCAGUUAUCUGGGUGUUUACAUGUAUAGUGUCCAUCAUUCUGGGGCUGGACCUUGGUUUACUAGCUGGCCUUAUAUUUGGACUGUUGACUGUGGUCUUGAGAGUUCAAUUUCCUUCAUGGAAUGGCCUUGGAAGCAUCCCUAGCACAGAUAUCUACAAAAGUACCAAGAAUUACAAAAAUAUUGAAGAACCUGAAGGAGUGAAGAUUCUUAGAUUUUCUAGUCCUAUUUUUUACGGCAACGUCGAUGGUUUUAAAAAAUGUAUCAAGUCCACAGUUGGAUUUGAUGCCAUUAGAGUAUAUAAUAAGAGGUUGAAAGCACUGAGGAAAAUACAGAAACUCAUAAAAAAUGGACAAUUAAGGGCAACAAAGAAUGGCAUCAUAAGUGAUGCUGGUACACCGAAUAAUGCUUUUGAGCCUGAUGAAGAUAUUGAAGAUCCAGAAGAACUUGAUAUCCCAACCAAGGAAAUAGAGAUUCAAGUGGAUUGGAACUCUGAGCUUCCAGUCAAAGUGAAUGUUCCCAAAGUACCAAUCCAUACCCUUGUGCUUGAUUGUGGAGCUAUAUCCUUCCUGGACGUUGUUGGAGUGAGGUCAUUGCGGGCGAUUGUCAAAGAGUUCCAAAGAAUCGAUGUGAAUGUGUAUUUUGCAUCACUUCAAGAUCAUGUGAUAGAAAAGCUGGAACAGUGUGGAUUCUUUGAUGACAACAUUAAAAAGGACACAUUCUUUCUGACUGUCCACGACGCUAUACUCUAUCUACAGAACCAGGUGAAAUCCCAAGAGGGUCAAGAUUCCAUUUUAGAAACGAUCACCCUCAUUCAAGACUGUAAAGAUCAUCUUGGAUUAAUGGAAGCAGAGCUGAUUGAAGAAGAACUUGAUGUCCAGGAUGAGGCUAUGCGUAAACUUGCUUCCUGAAAGCAGGCUCAGGAGGUCUCUGAGCAAGGACUGCAAGACGAAAUUGACCCACCAAUGUCAUUCUACGCAAACAUUUUCUAUAUUGACUAUUUCUUCAGACUUGAGACACUCAUUCUUCUUUUAUGGCAUUUUUUAAAUCUUUGAUUUUUUUUUUUUUUUAACCCCUUAGCCAUUGAAAGAGAAGCACUAAAAUUAUUCCUAAGCUUUAUUUGUAAAAUAAACAGCUUACUUCUAAAAUGUGCAAAACGGUAGGGAGAAUUAUUCAGGCAAUUUAGCAAUGUCCAGAUCUGCUGAUGUUUUCAUAUGCCAUUGAUCCCUCACGACAGAUUUGCUAACAGUGUUCAUGUGGGGUACUGGCGUGUCCCUGUUCAGCUGGAGUGAGUGCUGACCCAACAGCCUCUAUGGUCAGGCGAGUCAGGAAUGAUUAACCACAGAGAAAAAUCAGUUUUUGACAGAACAUGGUAGCCAUGAGCUGCACUCAUCACAGUGUCACAUUCAGUAAAUGCUGAAAUGUAAUGAUUAAUGUAUUCAUCAACCAAAACCUGCAAAAAUCACUUUUGGAAAACAAUUCAAAAGUUUUUAAAAUGCAAGUUUGGUUAGUACUUAAUAAUGAAGUGUUGUUAUAUGGUAACCAGAUAUAUAACUAGAAUUCAGGAUCUCUUUGAUCCUGGAAAUGGUUUACUUAAAAGCUACAGAACUAGGCUGAUAUAUUUUUAGAAACACUGAUGCAGAGAAGUGAAUCGAUAAGAUUUUCAUGGUUUAUAGAAAUCAUGUUUUGAUAUAAUCAUGAAUCACAGUUGAGAUCAAAGAUAAUAUAUGACAGAUUAUUUCUACUUUCAAAAUAUAGUUUUAGUUUACCUUAGUCUAUAGAAAUAACCGUUGCAUGGAGGUAUAUAUAGUUAUGGUCUAUUUAGAAUCUGAUACGAAAACUGCACUGUUUUGAGCAAAAAAUCUUUGGUAUGUUUAUAAGACCAUGGUGAUUAAAAUGAGUUUUUAUUUUUUCUGUAAUAUUUUGCAGUAUGUUUGCAUCCAUUAAAGUACCAAGAAAAAUAAAUAAAUAAAAUAGAAUUUAACAGUAUGUAAUCUUUAACUGAACUCUGACCACUUUUCAAAAAAAAUCUAAAAGUGAACUGCCUACAGGAGUCUAUGUUUAAAAUGAGUUUUUAAAGACAAAGCAUUCUAUAUGAACAUCAUAUAAAAAAAUUGAUUUGGAAUAUAUGUUGAAAAUACAUAGGCUUUUUAAAAGUCAGUAUUUUAAGCCAGAAAUUUUUAUUUUAGAUCUUUUAUUUUUACUUAAUCUUUUCUGAGUGCCAACAGUUUUCUGGGUAUUAUGUAUAACAUAUAGGCUUUGGUCAUAAUGGACUAUUUGCAUAUAUGUCACGUUGGAGUGAAUGAAGUACUUCAUUCUAGAGAAAAAUAAAUACCCACGUCUCUAAUCAAGACAAUGAUUGAGAACUACUCUUGGUUUAUUCAGGGGAUUGGUUCCAGGACUCCCACAUAUACUAAAAUCCACACAUACUCAAGUUCUGUCGUAGGCCCUGCCCAAAGGUAGAAUGUCUUAUCUCUGUUUUUCUUAUUAAAGAUGAUCAGAAACAGUGCAUCUACUUCUGAAGGAAUAUGAUCAGUGACUAUAUCAAAUUGUUUGAUAUCUGGUCACAGCAUAACCAGGAUUAUAUUGUUGGUUAUCUAUAGCAAUACCUACUUAUUAAUAUUAAUGGCAAUAAAUCAUAUAUCUGAAGAGUAUGUAAUAGUCUUGCAGAAAAUGAAUGAAUACCUCUGUUCAAUAAAGGCAAUAUGUACUGCUCAUUUUUUUUUAAAGGAAAUACCAAAGUUACAUUUCACAAUUUUUAUACGGUAAAAAAGGCUAGAGUUUUGUAAAUUUUGGGUCCAUUUGUGACUAGAUGAGACCACAUGUUUAACUUGUUCUCAAGCACACUCUAGAAUACUGUCUUGUCUAUGCAUUUUGUGAAUAGUAAGCAUACUUUUAAUUCUGUAUUGUCAAUGGAAAUUUUACUUUAAAGCUGUCUUUUGUUAUAUUUUUAACUUGUAGAAUAAGAUUUCAAUAUUGUAUAUGAGUUUCAAUAAGUGAAAAAAAAUCAAAUCAUGUACAUUUGGAAAUAUUUGCACAUAUUUUUAAAUAAAUGCAAAGUUGCCUUUUAAACUACUCAGUUGUGUCCUU